AGCUAGCCUUGCUCUGUCCAAAGGCAACACAAAGCCACCUAUCAGCACUUCUAAUUAAACAUUCUAUCAUGUUUGUUUAAUCUGUACAAAAACCUUAGUGUAAAAACGGGUGUUAUGUGCCCAGACUUCUGACAGUACUGUAUGUAUUUUUUUGGUCUCGAGCCAGACUUGCCGUUUCCACCGGUUUUUAUGCUAAACUAAUCUAACCAGCUCUCACAUAUGAGAGUGGUAUCAACCGUUUCAUCUAACAAAUCAAAUAAGCUCAUUUCCCAAAAUGUCAAACCAUUACUUCAAAUAAUAUUACAAUUGUUUUGUUGACAUUUUGUUCCACUAAAAAUGCUAAACUUAGUCUAAACACCAACUGAAAUUCACAUUUAUUUAUUUUUUAACAAUCUAGCACACACUAAAUCUUAUCACUGCAGUGUUUGUUCAUUUAGUUUCCUAAUAACAAUAAUAAUAAUCUGUAGUCAAUGUUUGUCAUCUGUAAAUACAUUUGCAUAUUCUUCAAAAGUCCUAUGUCUAGUGACUCUGGAAAUCAUAUAAAUGCUUUAAACGUUUUUGUUCAACUUUUUCUUUUGGUAAACUUCACAUUUUUAGGUAGGACAACCUGAAAUCACCCUUAGCUCCCACACGUCUAGGCAACAUGACUCUUUUCUACCAGCUCCUGACUGCAUUAAAGGCUGCCAUUACAUUUCAACAGUUGGACAUUUUAAAUAUUUAGGGGGGAGAUUGUAACUAAUUGGUAUAACUUCCUUUCAUUUCAAAGAGAGCGUCUGACCUUAAAAGCAGACAUUUGGCUGCUGCUACUGAUUUUCCAACUCAUCUAUCUUAUCUGUUGUGUGGUCGAGCAAACUGAUAAAAUCUACCGUGUCACUGUUUGGAUGCACAGAUCACCUGCAGUGGAAAAAGUUACUUAUGUAUGUAAAGCCUGUUUUACCGGCACACAGCGUGUGGUCAGAACCUUACACACAGGGGACCUCUGUUAAGUCUGUGUUUCAUAUUUCCAUAGAUUAACAAGGGUAGAGUUCUCAGAUUAUUUAACAAAAUAGAAGAAAAAAAAAUGUGUCACUUGAAACGGUGUCAAAGGGAUUGUGGCGCCCUAAUUAAUGGUCAUUCUAGCCCCAGCUUUGAAUUACACAGGAGCUGCCUGUCAAACAGAUAACUGUGUUAGAGAAAUGUCAACUGCCUCAGUCUCAGGCAUGCAUGUAGCUGCUCAUGCUUGUGAAGUGGAUUACCAACACAAUGCUCAAGGACUAUUUCAAUAUGAAAAUGCCUUUUUAAUAUUUACUUUUUUUGUAUUGUGAUUUGGGAAUCUUACCAUAGGAUGGCUGCCUCAAAUGGGAAAGGUGAAAAAGUGUCCAAAUUUGAGACAUUGAAACUUUUGGAGAAAUGCAGAAAGGAAAGAGAUGAUGCCAUGCACAGAGAAAGUGUUCUCAGAGAGAAACUCAGACAGUAUGAGUCGAGGAUGCGUUCAACUGAGGCUCUGAAACAGAAACUGAAGACCUUGACUAUGGACAACAAGGAGCUGAGGAAACAAGUGAAGGCUCUUCGUAAUGAGAUUGGACUUGAGUGCAACCCUAAGUUCAAUGGUAAGACCACAAAGGACAUAAUCAAUGACUUGCAUGAAAAGGACCGUGAGUGCAGUUCCUUGGUGGAGAAGGCUGGGAAACUGAGUCUGACCAUUGAUGAUUUAACUUCAGAGUUGGCAAAUACAGUCACCUCUAAAACACUUUUAGAGGAUCAAGUGCAAUCAUUGCAGCAAAAUCUCAAGGAUAUGACAAAUAAUCAACGCCGCCUGCUGAAGUUGUGGGAAGACAAGAAGGUUCAGAGGGAGCAGCUCGCCCUCCCUGCAAUUGCCCAGAAACAUGUACAGAAAUCACUCGUCCAAAAAGCAGUUCAAACUGAGAUGUCGGUCAGUUCAUCCCAAACGCUUCCAGUCAGUGCUUUUGAGAUAAAGCAAGUCUCUCGGGACCAUGACAAAAAGACAGUUUUGGAUAAACACAGUUUUCCAACUUAUGGAAAUGACUAUCAUCAUGACAAGAAAGCUUACAUGCAUGAUGAAACUAAAGGAAUUAAGAAUUGACUGGACUUAUUGACUGACACACUCUGCAUUGAGAGAGUAAAGCAUAGCAUAUAUAGCAAAUCAUUAUUAAUGUGUGAUAUGUCUGUAAAUAACAAACACAUGAGUAAAAAGAGAUACAAUUUAAAUAAUGUACAGCUGAUGUAUGAAUUGUUUUGGUGCCUUGUGUAAUUUAAAUUGUGACAAUGUAGUUAUUUCAGUAUUUGUAUCACUCAACCUUACUAAAUAGAUCUG